GGAGAUGAAUUUGCAUCUUGGAACCAUCAUUGAGGUAGCUGAAGAGGAAACAUUCACAUGAAAGUGCAAGGGUUCUUACAACUUCUUAGAUACCUUUGCUUCUGCUUCUCUCUUUCUCGCAUUGCCAAGUAUCAAUCUCUACCUCUCUCUCUUCUCUCUUCUCUCUCUUGCCAAAACCACUCAUUGUCUUCACUCUCCCGCAGGUCACUAUUAAUGACCCCUUUGAGCUGUUGCUGCUUCUUUGUCUGUUUUUCAAAAAUGGGUCUUUAGAAAUCCAGGUUUUUGGAUCUGGGUUGUUCAAACUUCUCUCAUUUUUUUUUGUUCCUUACUUCAGAGAUUACUCACUCAAACCUACUCCAUUUUCGUUUCCCUGAGAUGGGUUUUGCUUAAUCUUCAAAUUCGAGAUUUGGGUCUUCUCAGGAGUUUCUCAACUUUCAACUCUCCCCAAGAGAUUCAACUUUUUUUCUGCUGAUUUGUCCCUUUUCAAAAAAUCUCUACUUCUUUUGGCGGAUAAGCAAAAAAAAAAUGGCUCCAAGGUUUGAUUUUUCAGAUUUGUGGGCGAAGGACACGAGGAGAGCCACACCAGUUGUGGUGAAAAUGGAGAACCCAAAUUACUCAAUCGUUGAAGUAGAGGAACCAGACGGUGCGUUUAGACCAAUGGAGAAGAGUAGAGGCAAGAACGCUAAGCAAGUGACUUGGGUUUUGCUUCUUAAAGCUCACAAAGCCGUUGGGUUUCUCACUUGGUUAGCUUCAGUGUUCUGGUCUCUCCUUGGUUCGGUCAAGAGACGGCUCAGUUUCACUCACCCACUUGGCUCCGAGAGGCUUGGCAGAGACAGAUGGCUUUUCUCAGCCAUUAAGCUCUUCUUAGCUGCCUCAUUGUUGGUUCUUGGGUUUGAGUUAGUUGCUUAUUACAGAGGAUGGCAUUACUUCAAGAACCCUAAUCUUCACAUACCUACAAGCAAACUUGAGAUCCAGAGCUUGUUUCAUCUGCUCUAUGUUGGUUGGUUGAGUUUAAGAGCUGAUUAUAUCGCUCCUCCAAUCAAAGCUCUCUCCAAGUUCUGUAUCGUGCUGUUCCUUGUACAGUCUGUAGAUCGUUUGGGUCUUUGCUUAGGCUGUAUUUGGAUUAAGUUUAACAGGAUUAAGCCGAGAAUCAAUGAAGACCCUUUUCGAAAUGACGACGUUGAAGGGUCAGGAUCUGAGUAUCCAAUGGUUCUUGUUCAGAUACCAAUGUGCAAUGAGAGAGAGGUAUAUGAUCAAUCUAUAUCUGCUGUGUGCCAGCUUGACUGGCCUAAAGAUCGAAUUCUGAUUCAGGUUCUAGACGAUUCGGAUGAUGAAAGCAUUCAACAGUUAAUUAGAGCUGAGGUUACUAAAUGGAGCCAAAAGGGUGUCAACAUUAUUUACAGGCAUCGUUUGGUUAGAACUGGUUACAAAGCUGGUAACCUCAAAUCCGCAAUGAGCUGUGAUUACGUUGAAGCUUACGAGUUUGUUGCAAUCUUCGAUGCGGAUUUCCAACCAAGCUCGGAUUUCCUUAAGCUAACCGUUCCACAUUUCAAGGAGAAGCCUGAGUUAGGUCUGGUUCAGGCAAGGUGGGCGUUUGUGAACAAAGACGAGAACUUGUUGACUCGUCUCCAAAACAUCAAUCUGUGUUUUCACUUCGAGGUUGAGCAGCAAGUUAAUGGCGUGUUCUUGAAUUUCUUUGGCUUCAAUGGAACUGCUGGAGUAUGGAGAAUCAAAGCUCUUGAGGAAUCUGGAGGUUGGCUUGAAAGGACAACCGUUGAGGAUAUGGACAUAGCUGUUCGAGCUCAUCUCCAUGGAUGGAAAUUCAUAUAUUUAAACGAUGUCAAGGUUCUUUGUGAAGUCCCUGAGUCAUAUGAAGCAUACAAGAAGCAGCAACACCGAUGGCACUCGGGACCUAUGCAGCUGUUUCGCUUGUGUCUUCGAGCAAUCUUAACCUCAAAGAUUGCAAUGUGGAAGAAAGCAAACCUGAUUCUUCUGUUCUUCCUACUAAGGAAACUCAUACUUCCUUUCUACUCCUUCACAUUGUUCUGUGUGAUCCUUCCCAUCACAAUGUUCGUUCCAGAAGCUGAGCUUCCUGUUUGGGUCAUCUGCUAUGUACCGAUAUUCAUGUCACUACUUAACAUCCUUCCUGCUCCAAAGUCUUUCCCUUUCAUUGUUCCUUACCUCUUGUUUGAGAACACAAUGUCUGUCACCAAGUUCAACGCAAUGGUCUCUGGAUUGUUCCAGCUCGGUAGCUCCUACGAAUGGAUCGUAACCAAGAAAGCAGGAAGAUCAUCAGAGUCUGAUCUUAUGGGUCUCACCGAGUCCAAGAAGAUUCCACCAAACCAGAUGCUAAGAGGAGUUUCAGAAAGCGAGAUAAGCCAACUCGAGGAGCCGAAGAAACAAUCAGUUCCGGUGAAGAAAACCAAUAAGAUAUUCCACAAAGAGCUCGCGCUUGCGUUUCUUCUGCUCACUGCAGCAGUGAGGAGUCUCUUGGCUUCUCAGGGAGUGCAUUUCUACUUCUUGCUGUUCCAAGGUCUCACCUUUCUUCUUGUGGGUCUUGAUCUCAUAGGCGAACAGAUGACCUGAGAAAGAAGAAGAGAAGAAGCUUCAGAGCUGCAGAGAGAAAGAAUGAUUCAAGAUUCAGUUAAAAACUCUGUGAGUUCCUUUCUCUUAUUCCCUAAUGUUGUAGCCAUAGUUUGUAGGAUAUUUAUUGAUUUUUAAUUUGGUUAUUUAUAUCUCUCCAUUGUGAUUAAUCCUUGAUAGGUUAGAGUUUAAGCCACAUCUAUACCUCUCUCUCUCUAGAUAUAUACAGUAUCUACAAAAUUCAGGAACUUGUUGCUUAAACUCUCAUAAAAUAGCUUUUUGUUCUUCUUCCUCUGUUUUUCUCUGAUUCAUAUUCAUUACAAGCAA